GUUUUAAAAAGUAGCCGGACAUUAUGCUUUGCAGUGCAGCAGCGCAGGGAACUGUCGGCCACACUUCGCGAAAUGUCAUGAUGUUAACGUUAGCAUCGAGCUGUUGAAGCUAAGCUAGCCAAUUAGCUUAGGCUGUAGCGGCAGAGAGACGGCGGGCGAGCCUUCCGUUCUUGCCCGUUAAACCAGCCCGUCUCAUUUGGAGUCCAGUAGCCGAUAUCACCACCUGCACAAAAUCAAGAGGAACUUCAGUGGAAAUGCGCCAGACACCGUGUUAAGAGGAGCCCCGCUGCUAAUCGUUCUUUUCGUCCCGAAUCAGAACCACAAUAAGCGGCGGCCCUGGCCAUGCCCUCGAAUGCUCGGGCGGGAAGUCUGAAGGAUCCGGAUGUGGCAGAUCUCUUCUGCAAAGAUGAUCCGGAGAAGUUGUUUGCUGACCUUCGUGAGAUUGGCCACGGCAGCUUCGGAGCUGUGUACUUUGCCCGUGAUGUGCACAGCAAUGAAGUGGUGGCCAUCAAGAAAAUGUCGUACAGCGGAAAACAGACAAAUGAGAAAUGGCAAGACAUCAUUAAGGAGGUGAAGUUCCUGCAGAAACUUCGACACCCCAACACUAUUGAGUACCGAGGCUGUUACUUGAAAGAACACACAGCAUGGCUGGUGAUGGAAUACUGCCUCGGCUCCGCUUCAGACCUCCUCGAAGUUCACAAAAAGCCCCUCCAGGAGGUCGAAAUAGCUGCUAUUACCCAUGGUGCUCUGCAGGGAUUAGCAUAUCUUCAUUCUCACAACAUGAUUCACAGGGACGUAAAAGCAGGAAACAUCCUGCUAACAGAACCUGGUCAGGUUAAACUGGGGGACUUUGGAUCGGCCUCCAUAUUGUCUCCAGCCAACUCUUUUGUGGGAACGCCAUACUGGAUGGCGCCAGAAGUAAUAUUAGCCAUGGAUGAGGGCCAGUACGAUGGAAAGGUGGACGUCUGGUCACUUGGAAUCACCUGUAUAGAGCUGGCUGAGAGGAAGCCCCCGCUGUUCAACAUGAAUGCUAUGAGUGCCUUAUACCAGAUCGCUCAGAAUGAAAGUCCCAUCCUGCAGUCCAAUCACUGGUCUGAUUCGUUCCGUAGCUUUGUUGAUUCAUGUUUGCAGAAGAUUCCUCAGGACAGGCCAACAUCAGACGUGCUGCUGAACCAUCGCUUCCUGAGCCACGAACGUCCACAGACUGUGAUCAUGGAUCUAAUCACACGGACCAAGGAUGCUGUAAGGGAGUUGGACAACCUGCAGUACCGAAAGAUGAAGAAGAUUCUCUUUCAGGAAACCCAGCAGAAUGGACCCGUCUCUGAGGGUGGGGAGGACGAGGAGGAAGUGGAGCCAUACCUACUGCAGACAGGCACCAUAAACAGCAUGGAGAGCUCCCAGUCUGUUCCCAGUAUGUCCAUCUCUGCCAGUUCUCAGAGCAGCUCUGUCAACAGCCUGGCCGAUGGCUCUGAUGACAGCAGCACUGAGAUGGCCAUGAUGCAGGAGGGGGAGCACACCGUCACCUCCAACAGCUCUAUCAUCCACCGACCAACUGGUCAGGACAACAUCUACGAUGACCCGUACCAACCAGAGAUGGAUCAGCCUCAGGCCACCUCAGCUGGCCGUCGCCGAGCCUAUUACCGGAACCGAGACCACUUCGCCACCAUCCGCACUGCUUCUCUGGUGACGCGCCAGAUUCAAGAACACGAGCAAGGCUCUGCACUGCGAGAGCAGAUGUCCGGCUACAAACGGAUGAGACGGCAGCACCAGAAGCAGCUGAUGGGUCUGGAGAACAAGCUGAAGGCCGAGAUGGACGAGCAUCAGCUGAAGCUAGACAAAGAGCUGGAGAACCAGAGGAAUAACUUCUCUGCUGAAGCUGACAAACUGUCCAAGAAGCACCAGGCUAUCUUGGAGAAAGAGAUUAAAGCAGCUCUAGCAGAAGAGAAGAAGUUCCAGCAGCAGAUUCUAAAUCAGCAGAAGAAAGAACUGAGCUGUCUACUGGACACACAGAAACGCCAGUACCGCAUGCGCAAGGAGCAGCUCAAAGAAGAACUCAGUGAGAACCAGUCGACUCCAAAGCGGGAGAAGCAGGAGUGGCUGAUCCGCCAGAAGGAGUGUUUACAGCAGAUGCAGGCAGAGGAGGAGGCCAGCCUGCUGAGAAGGCAGAGGCAGUACUACGAGCUGCAGUGUCGCCAGUACAAGAGGAAGAUGCUGCUGGCUCGCCACAAUCUGGAGCAGGACCUGCUCAGAGAGGAACUUAAUAAGAAGCAGACUCAGAAGGACCUGGAGUGUGCCAUGUUACUGCGACACCACGAGUCCACUCAGGAGAUGGAGUUCAGACAACUAGGGGUGGUGCAGAGGACCCGGGUAGAGCUGAUCCGCACGCAGCACCAGACUGAGCUCACCAACCAGAUGGAGUACAACAAACGGCGCGAGCAAGAGCUUCGACAGAAACACACAGUGGAAGUCCGUCAGCAACCCAAGAGCCUCAAGUCUAAAGAGCUGCUUAUUAAGCGCCAGUUCCAGGAGACCUGCAAGAUCCAGACUCGUCAGUACAAAGCUCUCAGGAACCACCUGCUGGAGAACACCCCAAAGUCCGAUCACAAGACCGUCCUUAAACGCAUCAAAGAUGAACAAACGCGUAAACUGGCCAUCUUGGCCGAGCAGUACGACCACUCUAUCAACGACAUGCUGUCCACACAGGCUGUCAGCAAGCUCCGGCUGGAUGAGACUCAGGAAGCCGAGUAUCAGGUGCUGAGGAUGCAGCUGCAGCAGGAGCUGGAGCUUCUCAAUGCCUACCAAAGUAAAAUUAAGAUCCACACAGACGCACAACACGAGCGGGAGGUGAAGGAGCUGGAGCAGAGGGUGUCCAUCCGCCGAGCGCUGCUGGAGCAGAGGAUCGAGGAGGAGUUGCUGUUUGUGCAGACGGAACGCUCAGAGCGGAUCCGGGCUCUUCUGGAGAACCAGGCUCAUGAGAUCGAGGCCUUCGACACGGAGAGCAUGCGAUUGGGCUUCAGCAACAUGGCGCUGACCGGCAUCCCAGCCGAGGCCUUCAACCAGGGUUACCCGACCCCCAGCCCCUCCUCAGGUUCUGGUGGCUGGCCCUCCCGGCCCGUCCCACGCUCCGGCAGCCACUGGAGCCACAGCGUGCAGAACUCGGUGGCGGCUCCGUCCUGGCGCAGUCAGAACAACAGCAGUGGAAGUUUUGCCCGGGCCGAUUCGGUGGCCACCCACUGCGCUCUUGGCAGGGACAGCGAGAUGAACAAAGGCAGCAGAGGUCAUUCCAUCUCCUCCUCCUCUUCCUCCUCCUCCCACCUCCAGCAGCACUACCAGCACCACCAGAGCACGCCGCAGCUAUACCGCGACGACCGUGACUCCAGGGAACGCGAGCGGCCCCGUGAGUGGGUGGGAGGAGGUGGACACUACUCCCACCACUCCCAGGGCCUUCACCACCUCUCCUCUCACGCCUCCUCCCAGUCCUUGGCUCUCUUGCCUCCCCCAUCUCAGCCUCCUCCCAUCUCCCUCUCAGCCUCCUCUCCUCCCUCCUCCGCCUCUUCGUCCUCAUCAUCACAGGGGGGCUACGGAGGUGGGGGCCUCAGUCUGAGCGUACGAGGCCCUGGCCUGAUGGCCCUCAGAAACAGCCCCCAGCCACUGAGGAGGACUGCCUCUGGGGGAGGUGGAGGGAGUGAUGGCGGGCUCAGCCGCAGCACAUCGGUCACUUCCCACAUCUCCAACGGAUCUCACCUAUCCUAUUCCUGAAACCGGACUACUCCCCCGCUGGCCGUUGAGCUUCUAGAUGGCGACAGGCUCCUCCUCAGUCGUCGCCCCCCCCCCCCCCCCCCCCCCCCGAAGUACACUCAAACAUGUAAAUUUAGCUGAAGCGUGCAGGGAGCUUCAGAUGCCUUUGAGUCUCUGGGUUGUAAACUCGGAGUUGCACAGAAGCAGAUAUCAGAAACUAGAAGAAGAGCUGGUGGUUUUGUAACACGCUGAAUUGCACAGUAUUGAUGGUUUAACUGUUGGUGAUUCGAAGCUGCAGGUGUCUGGAUGUUGUUGAUGUUUAAAACUUGUUUUUUUAUCUGUUUUAGGUUUGUGUUGAACUGAGCUACAAGCGACAGUUGUGGAGCUUCCACUUGGCCUGCGGUGCUUUAAAUACCACUGUAACUAUGUAAAUAAUGUAAUCCAGUUCUUGAUUUCUAAGUGUUUCCUACGUUCGGAGGGCUCGGGGUGGGAGGGGCUGCACAUUUUUAUUUGUAGUGAGGAGAAUCUGUAUGAGCGGGGGGGCAAAAAAAAACCACUGCCAUGUUUUGUUCAGCUGAUUAGAAACGGUCCCGCCGCCGCUCUCAGACCCUCUGAUGGAGACGUUCUGCUGACGUUUCCUGUUUCCGGUCAGGAGGUUGAGCAGAAGAAGCUGCAGCUAUUAGGAAACGCUCGCUGUGCCGUCGUCUCCAGACUGUACUGAUUUGUUCAGAGACUUUAGUGUUUCCACACGAUUAAAAACCUCGGAAUUAGUGAUUCUUGAGUGAACAUUCAGCAGGAAUGUUUUAUUCACCAAACCGUUUUAAAUCUUUUCUCUGUUCAGUCGGUCGGGUUAGACCUGUAGUUACUUUAGGUUCCCAACAACAGUGUCCUCUUUUAUAAUAUUUAGGUGUACAGGUACACAGAUGACCGUAAACGGAGCCGGUUUUUAACUCAAACUUUUACUAGUUUAGCUUACAAAAGGUUAAAUAUCUGUCACUAACAAGAAUUGUUUUUAGUUUACUUCAGAGUUCUGCUGUUACCCUUUUAAUCAAGUUUGUUUCCUAAAUCCAUUCUGCAGUCCACCUUCUGUCACAUGUUUAGGUUUAAAGCUGCUCAGAUUCAUCACAUCUUCGGUUUUAGGCUGAAUCCAAAGAUGUGAACUUAAAUUUAAAACCGAGUUGCCAGUUUUAAAUCGAUCCUAUCAAAUGAAUGGACUUCCUGUUGAGAUCGAUCGUGCAUGUGACCAAACCAGUUUAACCUAAAGCUGUUUGUUCCUGGAGGAUUUUGGUGCAACAAGCACCGACCAGACGUUGCAGAGCAACGACUGGAACGUUUGAUCUGCUUCCUGCUACCUGACUGGUAAAACUAGAAAACCCAUCUGAACUCUCCACCAGAUGCUGCAGGUGUGUGUGUUCGUGAGUUGAGCAUUCAGUCUGGGAGUGUGUGUUUUACACAGCUGAAGGUUUUCCCCAAACCCCACAGUUGUCUGCAUCUGUAGAUGAGAUGUAGAUGUGCUUUACAAACGAGUACAGUUCAGUGCAUGGACCUGGCGUACAGGCGGUGUUUGUACAGAUGAACAUGCACACUACCUAUUUAUAGAGAUGCAUAUAAAUGUUAGUUACCUGCCUAAAGCUGCAGGUGAACGGAAGAUUGUUCACUGUCCAAACUUUGAUUUGCAUUGAACGUAACUUUGUACAUAAAAGCACUAACUUUAAGACUGUGUUAGAGUAAUAUGAUUAUUUUGUCACGUGACUUAAGCCAAUUUGUACUAGAUGCAGACAAAAAGAGGCCAUUGUUAUAAUUACUACUGCUGCAGUUGGAUUAUUAAUGUUCUGCUCAUUUUAGGUUUUUAAAAUGUUAUUGCCAAUUUUGACCACUAGGUGGGGAUAAAGAGCAACAUUACUGUGAUAGAGCUAUAAGAAUUCACACGUUUUGAAGGAGGACUACCUUUCCCAGCAUUCCUGUUGAGGUCUCAGGGUGGGAGUCUCCGGUUCUGGGCAGGGCUGCGUUCUACUUUUGAUUUUUUAUUCUUCAGUUUGAGCCAGUAUUAAAAGCUGGGAAACAGCUUGUUUUAGAUGCUUUUAUUACAUUUGUGCCAUGUUUUAUUUUUAAGUGUUUAUUUUAUUUUUCAAGUCACAUUCUUUAAGACACUGUAAAUGCAAAAUAUGGAGCCCAAGCAGUUUCUGGUGUUGGAUCAGUAAACAUUAAUAGUUCAUAUGAGUAAAUUGUGUUGAAUACAAGCUGAACUGGUUUUUGUGGCUCUUAAAUGCAUGCUUUUGUUUUCAUAAGUAUACUUGUGUCAUUGUGAAAGGAUUUGUUUAAAAAGAGAACAUGGAGUCGUAUAAAAAGCAAUAAACGUGAUGUCAUCAGACCAAAAGUUAUCCAAAGAAAACGUCAAAUUACAAAAAUGUCAGUUUAACAAAGCAGGUUGUGAGUAAACAUGAAUGUUAACAAAACUAAAUUAGAAUGCUCUUUAAAGUGAGAAAUGUUACAAAAUAGUCAUUUUAAAUUAAAUUCAGGGAGGAUAAAAAUCUGCAGUGAAGACCAUGCAGUAAGGUAGUGGCACCUUUUAAUUUUGAGGGAAAUUGUUCAAGUUUACAUUAAAGAUCAAAAUAAGUGAAUUAGUUCAAAAUGAAAUGCCAGAAUGGUUUUCUAAAUGACCAAAGUACAAUUGGACCAGACGUCUGUCUCUAUCAAAGUAGGUUUAGUCAAAUCUGGCAGAGCAAAAUCUAAGCGGCAUAAAAUAAAACUAAACAUUUUAGAAUUAAGAACUAAAACCUGCUAAAAAAUAAAACAUGAAAAUACUCUAAAAGAGAUAAAAUGAUGUCUACAUGAACCAUGUCUGUUUGAGUUCCUCUGUUUAAUGUCGACUCCACGCUUGUUUGAUGUAUUUGACACAGUUUGUCCAUGUGAUCAUUUCUUCCUGUUUUCCUGAGUUUUAGUUUGACUUGGGGACUCCGGAUCAGAUCUCCACUUCGUGUUUUUCAACAAACACCUCAUGUUUGAUUUUUGCACAGUCUCGCUUGUCCGGCUGCAGCGAGCCGGCGUCCGUGUGAUCAAUGCUGUCUCUAGUUGUCAUGUCUACCUCAUUUGCACUGAUAGAAUGUUCGAGAUGAUUUUAGAGAAGAAAAUGUUUCUUUCUUGGAUUUUUUUUUUUUUUUUUCAUUUUUUCUGUGCAAAUGUUGACCAGGCAAUGAAUGAGAGCAGGAGUACAAACUGACGUGUUUGGAGUUAAAAUUCAAAAAAGGGUAGAUAUUUUUUGCUGACAUCACUGAAGGACGCGUUGGAUGUGAAGAGAGGAUGGAGAUGAGUGAAAAGAUGCUGUUUGUGGAAAGGUUGGAUGAGAAUCUGCUGGCCUUCGAUAGAUAAAAUGUGCUUUAAAAGUUUCAAACUAUGAGAUUUCACUUUGCCAACUUUAUUUUGAAAUGCCAACCAUUCCAUAAAUGUGACUUUAUUUCAGUAAAGCUGCACCAGGAAGAUAAAAUCACUACGUCUCCUACAGAACGACUAAAAGAUUUAGGGUUUUUUUCUCCCUGAACCACAUUUUGUAAACAUUUUUUUCUUUCCUGUUAUCUGGUAAAACAAUUGACUAUUCAGCAUAUUAGGAAAGAGGGGUUUUUGUCCCAGUAUUCAUUGUGUGUCUGCUGAUUUUAAACAAAUUUUAAGCCUAAUUAUUUAAUGUUACUGAUCUUUUGUAAGCACUUUAAACAUCACAACUUGAUUUUUUUUUUGUAGCUAAAAACAAUGAAAACUAAAGUCAUGUUUUUAUAGAUUUAUUAAAACACUUCCUGGUGCAGUUUCUCUUUUAAAAAAAAACGAGACCUCCCCUUGUGACGGUUGUGAUGUUUGUGGCCAGCAGGUGUGAAACUCCUGGCAGGAGUGAUUGUGAGGAUGAUGGGAGUUGAUGCAGGAGUUUGAAAUGUUCAGUGCAAAAUGGCGAAAUGUUGGAAAAGGAGUUGUACAGAAAUGUAACAAAAUACUUUUGGAGAAAUAAAAUAAAAACAAAAA